AUGCUUCCGUCCAUUUUCACACUAGGCGUGGUCGCCCUUUCGACUGUACGCGUCGUGGAGGCCCAAGAUUCGACUCCGGAUCGUACCUCGGCGGCUGGCGAGGCGUCUAUCAAAGACCCAGACCAAGAAUGCGAGGCCUAUCGCUAUCAACCCGUGGCGGACGCGCUCGCCUCCUUCCCCUCGAUUUGGCAGCAAGCCAGUAUCCUCCCAGGCGACACUAAUGCCGCGACAAAGUGGGCCGCCAUCCAACCUAAUGUGCCCGAUAUCGCGCCGAAGGGUACCCCCCAAGGAGACUUCUCUGGGAUGAGCUAUGGGAGCGAUGACCCGGAUUGUUGGUGGACGGUCUCGAAGUGCACAAACCCAAAAGUGGACAAUGUACCCGCCGACGUUUCGGUGAUGCCAGAGCCUCGUACCCUUGGCUAUGGGUUCGACGAUGGCCCGAACUGUUCGCACAACGCCUUCUACGACUACCUUGCUCAGCAAAACCAGAAAGCCACUAUGUUCUUCAUUGGAAGUAACGUCAUGGACUGGCCCCUGGAAGCCGCGAGGGCAGUUAACGACGGCCACGAAGUUUGUAUUCACAGCUGGUCACACAACUACAUGACUGCUCUUCAAAGCGAAGAUGCCUUCGCCGAGCUGUACUACAGUGUGAGUCUCGAAGCCGUUCGACUCGCCACAGGCGCCACGCCAACCUGCUGGAGGCCCCCCUUCGGUGACGUCGACGACCGCAUUCGGGCCAUCGCCAACGGCCUCGGGCUGCGCACGGUCCUAUGGCAGUAUGACUCGCAGGACUGGCAAGUCGGCGUCACGGAAGGCGUCACCUCGGACAGCGUCGACCAGGAGUACCAGAACAUGAUAGACGAUGCGAAGAAGGGGCUCUUCGACACUGUUGGCACGAUGAUCCUGAUGCACGAGCUGAACGACUUCACGAUGCAAGAAGCGAUCAAGUACUAUCCGAAGCUGAAGGAGGCCUUCGAUCACAUCGUCCCUGUCGCCGUUGGAAUGAACAUCACCCAUCCUUACAUCGAGACGAGCUUCACCAUGCCUUCGUUUGCUCAAUAUAUCGCCGGCACCGGUGCCACAUUGGCCGCUAACUCCACCUCCUCCGCGGGAACGACCACUGCCUCCUCGACCACCGGCUCAUCCGGUACCGCCUCGGGUGGCGUCGCGGUCGAAUCCACGAAGACAGGCGAUGCUUCUCGUGCUAGCGGUUCCGCAGGUAUCCAGAUGGUCGCUGCUCUGGUCCUCGGCGUUGCAUGCGCAGCAGUUGUUGGUCUCCUCCCGAGCUAA